AUGAAAAGAAAAAAUGAAUUGAGUGUAAGGAAUAAGCAUUUUGAGUUUCUAAGAUUGUCAUGCCUCGUCUUCCUGUUCAUACCUCAAUUCUUCUCGCGCAUUGGUAGGUACACUCUGACCUGCUACGCGCUGGUGCUAAUCCUCACCGGCCCAGCCACUAACACGCUGAAGAAUUCCGAAGUGCUCUCUGAGUCGAUGGCUUGCAAUCAGGAGCAAAUAAAGACGAGCAUGAAUCACAUUUCGGACUCCAUAAGCAAUCCGUUCAACACUCUGAAAGACUGGAUGGGGGUUGCUGCUGACAAAAUCAGAGGCAUCGCUGUGGGGUUGAGGACAACUCUGGUGGCGACGCAUCGGACGGUGGUUGCUAUCGCGCACGUCCUGGAAUCAUCUUACCCGUGGUUGAACUCGAUCACGAACAGGUGUAACAAGGAACUCGGAACACCACACCAGCACUGCCACCGCGUAUGGAGCGAGGGUGUCUACAAUUCCGAGAACGCUCCACCGCCGGCAGGCCUCUUGUGGAAUGCCACAUACCUGGCUAAUAUCGCGUGCGAUAGCCUGAAAGCCUACACGAGGUUCUGCGAAAUCGCCGAUUACACGCGCACCACGAUUGUGGCCACGAUGAAGAGGAGGGUCAGGGACUUCGCCGCCCGCGUCCAAUCGCUGCUCCGCGUGAAGGUGCACGUGCACCACUCCUACUCGUUCAGCAGCAACGCCAGCCGCUCCGCCAGCCAAGCGGCGGCCGGCACCGUGACCGAGAUCCGGAACAGGGCGGAGCCCCUUCUCGCUUGGCUCUCUUGGAGCUCGUGCGUGACCAGCCUCUUCCUAUUCUUGAUCAUAUUCAGGGCUAAAAAUUACCAGCACAUGUACGAGACUAGAUCCCGCUUCGACAAUCGCUACAUCACUAAGGAGCUGCGAAACUUGGACUUUGAGAGGCUGAAGGCGGGCAAGGAAACGGUGUUGCCAUUGAAUAGGAUUGAGAAGGCGAAAUACAUCACUACUACCUCGUUUAGACUGCUAGCAUCAGAGAAAGUCUACCUCGAGCGGUCAAUUGUUCAUAUGGUGAUCACGACCUUCAAGCUGCUCAUCCAUAUGGUGGCGGACUACAGCCUGUACUGGGUGCUGAUGACGAUACGCUACCACGGUAGAUUCCAAACACCAUUGGAGCCUGGACCUACAGACGCCGGUGUACAGGUAUCAGGGACAGGCCCCGUAGCACAACUGGUGCGCUCCCUCACCAAGGUCCUGACUCUGCCCCUCUCCAUCACCCCACCGUCCGUCGUCACCUGCCUCCCCAAUCCUCGACCGCCCGACGUGCACCGCUACACACAGAUUGGGGUACUAAUAUGCCUGCUGUGGUCCUCCGCGCUGUUUGAGCCUUACGGUCUGAGGUUGCGCCACGUCAUCAUGGGCCUAUACAGGCCGGAGCGCGCGAAAGCCCGAGCGCUGUGGCUCUACAACCACAUUUUGAGGACCAGAGGUGGUCUCAUGAAAUUCGCGAGGCGGAAACUACACAAGGAAUACAAAUAUUCAAAUAAAGACGAAAUGACAUUCGUUCAGUGGUUGGACUCGCACAUACCAUGGUGGUGGCUGCGUUAUUUGCUCGGAACUCUCCCAAAAGACCCGUGUUGCUUACUCUGCAAUAUCGUGGAGGAGGUUAACAGUUUUGGUGUAAAGCUUUGUAGAUGCGACACCCCCAAGUGUCCGGGAAUCUAUUGCGCCCAAUGUUUCAAUGAUUUGGGGCAACUAUGCACCAUUUGCUUGAACCCGAUCGACUACGGCGAUCUGAGCGACAUAAGUUUGGAGAAUGAUUCUAAGCGCCCCUUUAGCGAUAAAGAGAAGAGUAGAUCCAAGAAAGGGUCGAAUAAGGACGAUGCACCUGAGAAGGCCGAUCCAGACGAAAGUAAGGAAGCUGGGAAAGGUGAUGAGCCUAACGAAGACAAGUUGGACAGCAAAACGUCAAAUCAGAAAAAUAUACUCACACAUAAGUGGUUCGAUAAUUACUACUCCUUGCAUCCGAACGCUUCAUCGUUCUCUUUGAAAACGAUAUUGAGGGCGAAGAAAACAGCACCCUCCAUGUCUACCGAUUUCGGCAUGUCCAGGAGCUUACGUUAUUACUGCUCAAUAGGAAACACAGAGUUCGAUCAGAUCGACUGUCCGGAUCAGUUUAAAGCGGAAGUCCUCACCAGUAAAACGUGGAAAAAGGAAAACAUUGCCUUGCUUCCGAUAAACGAUGACAGUGAGUACUCGCCUUUGAAACGUUGUUACUACAGUUCCGAAGACUCGUCUGUUGCCUUAAAUUUCAAGGCUGAAUUUGACCUUCUGUCAAGACCCGUUCGUAAUAUCAAGAUUAAAUCGAUUAAGCAUGCCAUGUCGGACCGUAUCCUUCAUUUGAGAUUACGGAAUCCGUUCCCGUUGAUGAGAGAUUUCUAUUCAAGUCUGCUUGAUGCGAAAAUGCGAAGGACAAACGAUAGAUGUAAAGAUACAAAGAACGGUAAAUGCAAAGCGGUGGCCGUUCGUCCUAAACGUAAAACGGCAAUAUGCCAAUGUGAAGGCUCCCCUGAGAAUUUACAAGAAACGAGUAAAUGUUUAAAGAAAAAAUAUUCAGUUACCGGUUAUGACACAGGAGAUAUAACUAUGUUAGAUUGCGCAUGCGAAACCGGCGAGCCGCAGCUCUUGUCCCAAUACAAACCCACGCAAGACCAGACGUCGCAGCUGACUUCGCCGAACCAACGGCCCGCGAUGCAACCACCGCAGGCGUCCGAAAGAAAACGAGUCAGU